AUGGCCGGUGAGCAGCCCAAGAAGCCAGUCGGCGGAGCCUACGGCGCCUGGCUGGCGGAGCAUCGCGCGGAGUUGCAGAAGGAGUUGGGUCCGGGGAAGCCGGCAAGCGAGGUGGGCAAGCUUGCCGGAUCCCGCUUCAAGGCCCUCAGCGCGGCCUCCAAGGCCACCUAUCAAAAGAAGUUUGAGGAGGCCAAGGUCAAGUACGAGGCAGACAUGAAAGCCUUCCUCGAUGCCGGCGGCGAGAAGAAGACUACGAAGAGGAAGGCGGAGAAGUCCGCGAAGCCCAAGAAGGAUCCGGACGCACCAAAGAAGCCUGCAGGGGGUGCCUUCGGCUGCUUCCUUGCCAAGAACCGGGCGGCUUUCACUGAGGAGUGCAAGGGUCAGCCGGUCACCGCCGUCACCAAGUUGGCCUCCGAGAGAUGGAAGAAGCUCAGCGAGGACAAGAAGAAGGUCUUCCAAAAGGAAUACGAAGCAAAGAAGGCCGAGUACGAAGAGGCCAAGAAGUCCUAUGUGCCGCCGCUUCCCAGCGUGACAAAUGAGGAGGCCGAACAGCCAGCCAAGAAGGCGCGGACAAAGGCUGCUGACGAGACGGCCACCGAAAAGCAGGCCAAGAAAGACGGCAAGUCAGCCCCCAAGGCUGCGCCCAAGAAGGCGGCAAAUUCAAAGGUGUCCAGGAGUCAAAUGGCCUGA